ACUUGGGGAAUUGAGGAGUAGUGUUGCUCGGAGGUGCACGGAGUCUGAAUGUGUAAAUAGUAAAUAAUAUAAACUGGAAGAGGUGCGAUUAGGUGGAUAAGGGCACUCUUAGAUUAGUCAUGACGGAGCCAUCGCAGGAUCUCGUAUAAAGCAGGCGAGCCAGUGCCAAAGCGUGUCACACCGAAUCCAGAUUCGCGCGGAGGCUUGCGUGGACUUUGGCGAGUUCCGCUCCAGUGUUCGCAUUCUUGUCGCUCUGCUGGGGACUCGCUGUGACCUGGCUUGGGGUGGUCAGUGUGGCCAGAGGUCGGCCGUGCGCUGAGAAAGGAUAAAGAACGCCAGUUGACAGGAAGUGUCAUUAAGCUGUCAGGCGAGUGUCCGGAUGGUGUUGCAAAGGCCACGAUAGGGACAUAUAUUUUUCUCAGCGAUUGUGUGCAUUCCGCGAUCGCGGAGACCGUGUGUGUGCCAUUUUCGGGAGCGUGUUCUGGCGCGGAAGCGUUUCGUAAUCCGCCACACGAGAUAAAUCAGUGCAAGAGACCAGAAAUUCCAUCGCCGUUCUGUGUGUGUUCUGCGCGCAAGAAGUUUCGCAGCAUUCGCGAGAUCGCGGCCAAACGGCCGAGAGCGGCACAACUUGGCGCUGUGGAUGCUGUGAAUCACCGCGAGUCAUCCGGAAAGGCCCAAAUGGCCGCGUGAAGGCCGCAGGGCGAGAAAAGGAGCUGUGCCACGGUCAAUUUGUGUGUGUCUGUCGCACCCGGAAAGGCGGGCGACGAAUUCUACGGAGUCACGCAGCGAGAAAUUAGAAAUCAAGACACUCAACAUUGUGAUGAAUUGAAUCACACUUCUGGAUCUCUUGAGGUUCGAUGGGCAAACAAUGUAUCCGGGGAUUUAUGGACAAUGAUAAGUGAGAGAAUAUCAGAAGAUGGUUGUCUAUCAGCAGUACCGGACAGUGAGACUCGGCCUGGUGUUGGGAAUUGUGGUGCUCACCGUGUUUCUUUACAUUUCCUACUACACGAGCCCCAUUGAGCCGCUGUAUGCCAAGCAGCAGCACCAUUUGGCCUCGUCGGUGGCCGGCGAGACGCUGCCCCAGAACGCCGCGGCGCUCGUGAGCGGCGUGGGCUAUGACAAUUUCACCAGCGGUGCUGGAAAUAAGAGUUUGGACAAGAUCCCAGUGACUUCCGUGAGGAAUGAGAGCAAGAUUGAGGUCGCCGGACCGCCCUCGGCUGACGAUGCCAUGGACAGCGGAGUGGCACGGCAGCCGGCUGACCAGGACGCGCACCAGCCAUCAUCUUCAUCCUACUACUCCCCGCCGGUCGUGGCAACUGGUAGCCAAAAUAGUUUUAAGGACGGCGAGAGACAAGAAGCACGAAUGUCGGCGCCGCUGCUGAGGCUGACGGCUCCGGGAGUGUCAGCUGUUGAGAACACACCGCCAAAGACUUCCGCCUCCAGUGCUAAUGAAGUGAAAGUCAACAUGACUGUCUCGGUUCACGUUCACCUGGAUCCGGCGCAGGGCAUCCGGACGAGUGAGUUGUACGAGAGCGGCCAUUCGGAGCCGAAUCCAGAGCUGUGUCCGGCGAUGGGCGAGAGCAUUCGUCUGCUGAUUCUCGUGACGUCGGCGCCCACGCACUACGACGCACGAAUGGCCAUCAGACACACGUGGGGCCACUAUGGCAUGCGGCGUGACACGGCGGUGGCUUUCUUCCUGGGCGCCACCAGUGAUCCGGGCACGGAGGAGCAGCUGGCGUCGGAGAACGCACUGUUCGGCGACUUGAUUCAGGGGCGCUUCGUGGACAGCUACAACAAUCUCACGCUGAAGACAAUCUCGAUUCUGGAGUGGGUGGACACGUACUGUCCGCAGGCGGCCUUCGUCCUCAAGACUGACGAUGACAUGUUCAUCAACGUGCCGAAGUUGAUGCAGUUUAUGGACAAGCACAGCAAUGAGAGGCGCCACAUCUACGGACGCCUGGCGAAGAAGUGGAAGCCAAUUAGGAAUAAGAAGAGCAAGUACUACGUCUCACCCAAUCAAUAUCUGCCAAAAUACUUCCCGGACUUCACCACGGGUCCGGCGUAUCUCAUGACGGCCGACGUGAUACAUGAUUUGUAUGAGAAGUCACUGGGACAGACGUAUCUCAAGCUGGAGGAUGUCUUCACCACGGGCAUCGUGGCGCAGCUGGCGAAGGUGAAGCGUGUGCAUGUGACGGAGUUUCUCAAUCGCAGGAUUGCCUUCAAUGCGUGCAACAUCAAGAAGGCCAUCAGUGUGCACAUGGUGAAGGGGCAGGAGCAGUAUGAUCUGUGGAAGAAGCUCAUGGACACGAAUCUGAAGUGCAAAUAGCAGGAGGCGCCCGUCCAUGUGCGUCUGGAGAUCCAGCGAACGCCCAGGGCGGGUCUGUCUGUGCUGCCGGACGUGCGGGCGCCGGGUGGGGACAAAAUACUAGUCAGAAAGGUAAUUUUCAGAAGACAAUGAAGAGAUUCAGCCUCGCAUUUUCUUUGGAGAUCCACAUACUCUUUUUUUUCUCUUCCCCGCGCAUAUAAAAAUUCCACGUGUCUCUAGAGAGACGCAUGGUUAGGAAUCAAAUCAAAUAUAUUAUGGGGAAACCUCUGAGGAUCAACAGAGCCCAGCCGUGUGUGUGUUUGGGCGAUAAACAAUCAUUGUACAUAGUUUGUAAUUCCCGUGCCAAAAGACAUAUAUUCGUAUUUUACGUUGAUGGUUUUUCCUGGUGUGCUUCUCAUGCAACUUUAUUCAUAAAUAACUUGUCUGUAUAGGAGUUUUUUUUUUGCACAGAAAAUGAUUUUUCUCAAUUUUUCUGAGACACAAUUCUGCCUCGUCAGUUCCAUCGCCCACUGUCUUAUCCCGGCUGAAGGAAUGGGAGGAAUUUAUAUGACAUUGGGACAGGGAGAUUCUAUCUCAAGUUGCUAAUAAGACUUGAUUUGCCACACAUAAUGAGUAUUAAUGAGCCAAAACGGACAAGAUGGAUAUGAUGAUGGGUGAUAAAGCCGACGAAUAUUUCUAUGCUAUAAUAUAUCGUGUAUAAAAUAUAUUAAUGUGAGGAGAUGACGAAGCAAUUUGCGAAAAAAAAAUAAUCAAGUUAGAGGAAAAGAGCAGAGAGAUGAUCAGGAUUAAAUAUCAAAAAGGAGAAGAAGAAGAAGGAGAAAAACAGUGUAUUUUAUUUAGGAGAAAUUAUUGAUUUGUCUCUCAAUUGAUAAUAAAAUAAUAGGUAAAUAGUGAAAUCAGUGUGUAAAUUAUUCUUAAGAUUACGAGUUGGGUGGGAUUAAAUGGUGAGGGGCGAUUAAAUUUGUGCAGAUAUUUAAUCAUUGGUUAUGGGAUUUAUUUUAUUCUUGUUUUUUUUUUGUAUUCUAUUCUCUGUAUUAUUUUGUUGAUCAAGCGAGUCCAAAAUAGAGAAUCACAUUUCCGGUGAUGUGAGAAGUAUGAUUUUCCAUUUUUGACUUCAAGUAUUGUCACAAUUUAUUGUAUAACUUUGAAGUUAUAAAUAGUAUUUUGCAAAUGAACAAAUUUACUAGGUUUUUUUUUUGUCAAUUUCAGUCAAUGACUUUGCGUUCGGUGAGCAUGAGAAAUUUAUAUAGUGUGUAAAAUUUAGUGUUUAAGUAGCAGCUUAAAAAUCUUAAAGAAGCCCUGUUCUAAAUAGCAAUUUUCCCCUUUAGUAGAAAAAAAGGACAUUCUGCGUGACAAAGUAAAAUUAAGCGCGCGCGCGCAUUUCUGGGUGGGAAAUGUGGAGAAAAAGCCAUCUUUUCCCAGUGAUUGACUCGACAAUUUCCUGCGCGGAUCUGCUUUUCAUACAAUCUUCUCUUUAGUUGUCAUCAUUUUCUUAAAUCUGACACUAUCAAUGUCCUUUUCCUAUUUUUGGAUGAUAUAAAAAAAAAUCUCAAAGUGAAAGCAGAACACGACAUCUUAAGCAAGCAUUAAAUAACAACAAAAAAAGCGUUAGGAUUUUUCUUCAAUUAGGCUGUGAUCAUAUUCGAAGAGAAUUUUGUUCAUUGGAAGGAAAAAAAAAUAGAAAGAGAACGGAAAUGGAGGCGUCAGGCUUUCUCUAAAUCCGGAAUAUCCUCAAUUUGUAAAAUUGUAACGUUGUAAAUAGGAUGUAAGUUGAAAAAAAACAAACAAUGGAUGAUGUGUGAAGAAAUAAAACAGAUUCCCUAAAUAA